AUAGUUCCUGGUGUUGUUCUUGGCAAUUUUCCUGGAUCUGCAGAGCUGCAGAAAUCACGUCCAUGGUGCCUCUUGAUGGUCUGAAACCACAUUGAGACUCGGGAAGGAUUUCUUUGUUAAGAGGGAGCAGUUGGUUCACCAGAAUUGGAGUAAGGAUCUUCCCAGCAAUGGAGAGGAGGGAGAUAGCUUCCAUGGUUAGACUUAUCAAGGCUUGCCACCUGUUCCUUCUUUAUCAAGAACAAGCUUUGCUGAAUUUUCCAUUAGGGAACGAAUGAGAGAGAAAUUAAAAGCUGCAAGGUCUAAAGCAGAAAGUGCUUUGUUGCAAGAAGUCCCCAGUCUCCCACCACGCUGUAUAAAAAGCCUCAGAGAGAGGGAAUCAGAAACCGUAUUGCAUGAAGAGUCAUAUAAAGAUGGACCAAGGGAGAUACAAGAAGACAAACCCCAAAUACCUUCAAGAUUAAAGUUUCGUGAUUCUUUCAAACUCAAGCAGAAGCCACAUGUCCAGAGUGAUUUUCCUUCUGCAGAGGAAGCAUAUAAUUUUUUUACAUUCAAUUUUGAUCCUGAACCAGAGAAUAUAAAGGAUGAGACCAAGAGCAAGAAAGAUAGAGAAUCCAAUCGGGAGGAAGAGGUGGAAGAACAAGAAUCUGAAAUAAGCCAUCAGGAGGAACAAGAUGAUGAUGAAAUGGAUGAAGAGGAUCACCUUGUUAAAGAAGAUGAGUUAUUCCUAAUAGAACAGACAGUCAGUGAUUUUCUGGUAGUAAAACCUGCAGGUUAUGAAAGCUAUUCUGAGCAACUGAAGAAGGAAAGAGACGUUCUCUUCAUUCCCAGUAUGAGAACAGUGCCUGCUUCUCAGAAGGUGCCUACAAACAUGCAGCCAAGGUACCUUGAGGAUGAGGGUCUUUAUACAGGAGAAAGGCCCACUGUGUCAUUCUCUAAUCAAAACAUCCUGGAAAAUAGAAUAAUCAGACAGGAGCAGGGGAAAGCAUGGUUUGGAGAUGAUGGCAAUAUCUUAGCAUUGCCCAAUCCGAUUAAGCCAUCUCCCACAAGGCCUCCAAUAUUUUCAUUGGAAGAAGGAAUAAAACCAGAACUGGAAACAGUAUAUAGAAAGGCAAUAAAACUGAUGCCUGCGAACCAAUAUAUUGUUGGCUCUGGGGAUCCUCAGGGCCAGUUUCAAAUGGACAUAGAUAUUUCUGGGUUAAUAUUCACCCAUCAUCCUUGUUUUAGUCGUGAGCAUGUUCUGGCAGCAAAACUGGCUCAGUUAUAUGAUCAAUAUCUAGCAAGAAAACAUCGAAAUCUUGCCCAACUUCUUACAGAUAAGCUACAUGCUCUGAGGAAUGCUGUGGGAUGUAAUGUGGACAUCAAUAGAACCAAUAUACCUAACCCUGUUGCACACCAGAGUAUAACUGACUAUAAAUUUGAAAUCAGGCAAACACGACGACUUCGAGAUGCCGAACAAGAAAAAGAUCGAAUGUUGCUCAAGACUAUCAUAAAAGUUUGGAAAGAAAUAAAAUCCCUGCGUGACUUUCAGAAGUUUACUAAUACACCCAUGAAACUAUAUUUGCGAAAGGAAGAGGUUGACCGAAGAUCAGAUGAAAAAGCAUUUGAAGAAGAAAUUCAAGCUGAAAUAAAUGAACUUUUGGAAGAAUAUAUAGAAGAAUAUGAAAAAAACAUGGAAGAAUACAAAACUGCGUUACAAGAGUGGAAAUCCUGGAGGAAGGCAAAGAAAACCAAGAAAAACAAGAAAAAACAUUAUCAAGAUGAAGAAGAAGCAGUAAUGGCGGAGGACUCUGAACUUGGUGAGGAGCCUGUAAAACCUGUGCCUCCUAAACUGGUUGACAGGGUGGAUGUUGAACAGCAAGUUAGAGAAAAAGCUGUCACCAUCAGGAGGAAACCUGGAGAGCCUCUCUUGAUCCCUGAGUUGAGCCUGACAGGAAAUGUAACCCCAAAUGAGCUGUGUCCUCGGGCAGAAGUUUCACGACGAGAAGAUGUAAAGAAACGUUCGGUAUUUAUAAAAGUCCUUUUCAACACUAAAGAAGUCUCAAGGACUGUCACCCGGCAAAUAAGCUCAGACUUCAGAGUUCACUUUGGACAGAUUUUCAAUUUACAAAUAUUCAAUUUGCCAGAGAGUUUGAAGCUUCAGAUAUAUGAAACAGUAGGGCUCAGCAGUCCUAACGUAGUAGCAGAAGUGUUUAUACCCAUUCCUGAGACUACAGUUCUCACUGGUAGAGCUCCUGUAGAGGAAAUCGAGUUUAGCAGCAACCAGCGUGUGAUGUUGGACCAUGAAGGAGUCGGGAGUGGUGUGCCAUUCUCAUUUGAAGCUGAUGGUAGUAAUAAAAUUACUCUAAUGACCUCUGGCAAAGUGUCCAAUAGCAUUUCCUGGGCUGUUGGAGAAAAUGGCAUACCUUUAAUUCCUCCAGUAUCUCAGCAGAAUGCGGGAAUUCCAAGUGCUCUGAAAAAUAUUGAUGCCAUUGCAUCUAUUGGUGCAUCAGGUUUAACUGACAUGAAGAAACUAGCUAAAUGGGCAGCAGAAGCAAAGCUUGAUCCAAAUGACCCAAGCAAUGCAGCUUUGAUGCAACUGAUUAUGGUUGCCACUAGUGGAGAUACUUAUGUUCCUGAUUUCUUCAGACUAGAGCAGUUGCAGCAAGAAUUUAAUUUUGUUUCAGACGAGGAACUUAAUAAGUCAAAACGAUUUCGACUUCUGCAGCUCAGAAACAGAGAGGUGGCAGAGUUCCGAAACUACAAGCAGGUGCCUUUAAAUGACAGAGAAAUCAGUGAAAAAAUCUUCCAGGAUUAUGAAAGAAGGCUGCGUGAGAGGGAUAUAAUUGACUGCAAGGAUCACCUAGAUGCACACAGAGCCUUUGUUGCCAAAUAUCUCCAAAAGGUUAGAGAAUCAGUGAUAAACCGGUUUCUGGUAGCAAAACACCAUUUAUUACUUUCUGACCUGGUAAAUGAAGAGGAAGCUCCUAGCCUGGGUAUUUUAGGGCUCAGUCUCUUUAAAUUGGCGGAGCCAAAGCGACCUCUAAAGCCUAGAAGAAGAGAGAGGAAGAAAGUUACAGCACAGAAUCUAUCAGAUGGAGACGUAAAACUCCUGGUGAAUGUCAUUAGAGCUUAUGACAUUCCCGUGAGAAAACCAGUUCUGAGCAAACUUCAACAGCCAUCCAGAUCUUCAAGAUCCUUUAAUGAGAUGUUUGCAGCCUCUCCAUCACCUCAGAGCCCAACCCAUAGUAUAGAUUGGGCAUUUAACCAGGUGUUAGUCCGUCCUUUUGUAGAAGUUUCUUUUCAGCGAACAGUCUGCCGGACCACAACAGCAGAGGGACCAAACCCCAACUGGAAUGAGGAGCUGGAACUUCCAUUUAGAGCUCCCAAUGGUGACUACAGCACUACCAGUUUGCAAUCAGUGAAGGACGAAGUGUUUAUUAAUGUUUUUGAUGAAGUACUCUAUGAUAUCUUGGAGGAUGACCGUGAAAGAGAAAGUGGAAUCCAUACUCGUGUUGAGAGACACUGGCUGGGAUCUGUUAGGAUUCCAUUUACUACCGUAUAUUUUCAAGCAAGGAUUGAUGGUACAUUUAAGAUAGACAUUCCUCCAGUCCUUCUUGGCUACAUUAAAGAAAAGAAUCUAGGAAAUGAAAGAGGUUAUGAUUCCGUCCGAAGCCUCAGUGAGGGUUCCUAUAUAACACUGUUUGUUACUGUUGAACCACAGCUUAUUCCUGGAGAACCAAUUCGAGACAAGUUUGAUUCCCAGGAAGAUGAGAAAUUGCUCCGAGCAGCAGAAAAGUAUCAAGCUGAGUGUGCACUGAAAUUUCCAAGUCGCCGGUGCCUGACAACUGUUAUUGACAUCAAUGGGAAAACAGUCUUUAUUACCAGAUACAUCAAACCUCUGAAUCCACCACAGGAGCUUCUCAGUGCACACCCUAAUAAUUCUCAGGCAACAACAGAGUUGGUGGCUCGAUACGUUGCUUUGAUUCCUGUCUUGCCAGAUAGCGUAUCAUUUGCUGGAAUCUGUGACUUAUGGAGCACAUCAGAUCAAUUCCUUGAUCUUUUGGCUGGUGAUGAGGAAGAACAUGCUGUGCUCUUGUGCAAUUAUUUUCUUGGUAUAGGCAAAAAAGCCUGGCUUAUAAUUGGAAAUGCUAUCCCUGAGGGACCAACCACAUAUGUACUUACUUGGGAACAAAAUCAGUAUGUGAUAUGGAAUCCUAGUACUGGACGUUUUUAUGGACAAUUUGAUACUUUCUGUCCACUUCAAAAUGUGGGCUGCUUGAUUAGCUCUGAUAAUAUCUGGUUCAAUAUUCAGCAAUAUGAUUCCCCAGUACGGAUAAAUUUUGACAUCAGCAAACCCAAAUUAUGGAAGCCUUUCUUUUCAAGACGCUUACCAUAUCCUGGCCUCUCGAGCGUUCAGCCUGAAGAAUUAACUUACCAGCGGGCAGACAAAGCUGCUGCUUUAGAACUACAGGGCAGGAUUGAAAAGAUACUAAAAGAGAAAAUUAUGGAGUGGAGGCCCAGGCACCUCACUCGUUGGAACAGGUACUGCACCUCCACACUUCGUCAUUUCCUGCCCCUCUUGGAACAGAACCAAGGCAAAGACAUAGAAGAUGAUCACCAAGCAGAACUGCAAAAACAGCUGGGAGAUUACAGGGUCUCAGGAUUUCCCAUUCAUAUGCCAUAUUCUGAAGUGAGACCUUUAAUAGAAGCUGUACACAGUACUGGAGUUCACAACAUUGAUGUUUCAAAUGUGGAAUUUGCUCUUGCUGUUUAUGUCCAUGGUUAUCCAAAAAAUGUUCUCUCUGUGUGGAUUUACAUUGCUUCACUUGUGCGUAAUAGAUAACAGGAAGUUAAAGCAGAAUAAAAUCACAGCUAAAAGGUAUCAGCCCCACCAAAGAAAAGCUUUAGUGUAAAAAAUCAUUAUAUGAAGUAGUACUUAAAAUAAUCACUUCUUUCCAUUUGUGCAGUUUUGGAGGGGUCCUUCUCUCCCCUUCCCCCCAGUACAGUAAAAAUGCAUUCUUUAGUUUGUGUAUACCUGUGAGAGUAAGUUGCAAAGACCAAGGAAACCUAGAUGGUACAGAGGCUUAAAAUGCCAAUAACCCCUGGAAAGUUUUCUACACUACUUUGUCCUAACCCUGUUACUGUGAGAGCUGCUGCUAUGGUGUAAGAUUUCUCCCCAAAAAUGCCAAUAUAGACAUAAUUUUUAACCCCUUCCUUCUACCUUCUGGCCUUCUAUCUAGGCCUCAACAAAAAAGAGAUGAUUAGUGAAGAAGUAUGGCUAGUAAAAAUUAAAGCUAAAGCUUUGCUUCCCCAGGGAUUCUGCCUCAGUGGCUCCAAAACUGAUCUCCAAUUAGAUUAUUUUUCAGUUAAGAUACUAAUGAACAUUUGGGGCCCAAUUCUCUUCUUGCACUUGAAUGACUCAACUUCAGUGGAGAUAUUUUGAGUUUACACAAGUUUUUAAUGAAAGGACAGACCCUUCUCACACAUUAUUUCAGCAGACUGGCAAGGCACAUGUUGAACAGCUUCACACACAACGAGAAGCCACUGAUGAGAACACAACUGUGGCAUCUUUCACA